AUGGCCGGCCGCAGCGCCAGCAGAGCACCACCUGCGAUGGUCGAGGACGUGGACGAGGACGGCAAUGUCAUUGAUGGCUCUUACCAAUACGCGAGGUCGAAUGUUGCCAGUCCCGUCAAGACGCAAAUGAAUACCGGCAGGAAGAAGUCGUCAUCCAGGCGAACGACUUCGGUUUCGCCGCCCUACAGCGAAUCGGACUCUACGGAGCUACCAUCGACAUCCAGGAGCAAGACCAAAGAGAAGAGAUCGUCGAUGAAGAGCAGCAAGGGCAAGGACCCGGUGGUAGAUAAGCGUCCUGUGGUCCGAAGCUCCAAGACCACACCUGCUCGCACUCGUGAGCCUGAUGAGGCCUCUUAUUACGGUGUCCCACACAAGACCAUCGCUACCUCACGCCCACGAGCACAGACAGCCAGGCCUCAUAGCUACUAUGGCCAACCGCGUCCUCCAGUGGCGCCGUCGGCAUUCUACCAUCCAGGACCGCCAGGACUUAAUCCUACUUCAUACCCGCCUCCACAAUGGGGCGGACCAUCACCUCUAGGCUCGUCGCCCUUGAGCACGUCACCGUUGGGACACCCUUCCGACUACUUCAGCAAGCCUCCAGAUAGCCUAGCUCAAAGGUUCCGACCACGAUCCGCCAUGGGGUUCCACCAAGGCUCGUACGGCCCUGAGGAAUAUGAGGCACCUCCCCAAGACAACCAUCUCGUGAGACGUCCGUCACUCACGACGAGGUCUACCAAAGAGCAGGAAGAUCGGAGGCGUAUGCCGCCACCAUCGUUGGCCAGACCCCAAACUGCGGGGCCUGCCCGUCAGCUCUUCAAGCCACCACCGCCGUCGCAGCCGAGGAAGGCAGUAUUGUUCAAUGAACAUGAUUUAGAGGAUGAGUCGGACCAUGAUGGUGGACAUCGUCGUACCUCGAUUGAUUUCACCAAGUUGUCACUCCGGCCGCGGCGUCAAAGCAUGAGCCCAGAGUACUACGAGGAGGCAUAUACCUCUUUGCAGCCCGCGUCCAGCAAAACCAAACGUGAAAGCCGACGUUCCGCAAGCUAUGCUUUUGAGGACAAAGCGAAGCUGGCGGCACAGUAUCAGGACCAAGUAAGCGGGGCGUCGAGGUCCAAUCUGACGGCCGAGAAUCUGCGCCAGGUCAAGAACGGGGGCAGCAGCCACUCAACUCGGAGCAGUGCAAGCCGUGACGCAAGCAGCUACCGCCAAUCUGCUACAACGAGAACCACGAGAUCUGGAAGUGGUGACGAUGAUAUCACCAUCAAGGUCCCCGACGGCGCCGUCGUUGAGGUUGGCAAUGCCACGGUCAAGUGCUUCAACGGUGGAGAGAUCAAUAUUGGCCGUAGCGGAGGCGGCAGCGAUAGAGGCACCGUGUACGACGACGACCUCAAGAGCCGGGCUACUAGGACCGAUAGGCCAUCUAAUCGACACCGCGCAAGUUCUCUACGUCGGGCGCUACCUGCUCCACCCCGCUACGCACCGCCUCAUUCUUACUAUCCAGACCCGACACCCUACCGUUCGGUAUACCCUCAAUACCCCGGCACAGGCGCGUACGGCGAUUACAUUUGA